UUUAAUUGUACAUACAUAAAUUAAUUCUAUAUAUUUACAAAAUAUAUUUACAUAUUUAUGAUAUGUUUUCAUAUUCGAUCCACUUUUUCAUCCAAUAUUUUAGACUUCAAAAUAAAAGUUGGUAAACAAAAAUUUCGAUUCAGAUAUUUAAUUGAUAAGCAAUUGAAGUUUGCAUUAAACGAGAUGGAACUUCUAUUCUCGUCGCACUAUCGUUUCGUUCUUUAUCUUCGUCUCCCUUCAUCCAAUGCAAAUUUCAAUUAGAAAUAAUUAAAUAAACAAGUCUCGAUCAAUAUUUUUGCACAUCGAAACUUUUACGUUCGUCUUAUCUUUCAAAAUCGACUCUCCAAACAUAUUCCAUAUCAUGUAUAAUAUUAACAUCCUAUGCGAUUUAAACCUUCUACGUUACAUUAUUAUACUCCCAAGAGUAAUUGCGCAACACAACCUAGAUGGCGGCACUAUGAUCUCUCUAGUCUCAAAUUUCACUCUGUUCUUUCUCACUAUUCCGAAACGAUCCGUUCCAACCUUGGUCUCCUCUUUGCUUCUCUUUUAACACCUCGGCGGGAGCAGAAAGCGACGAUGAAGAUGUAGCUUCAUCAUGAUCCGAAGCGGAUGAACAGGAUAUUGAUGUUCUAUCCAUGAAAUCAACAAGAACCAGCGACAAGAACAGUUUCUCAAGUUUUCGGCCACAUAUAUGUGAAGAACAGAAAUGUCGAUCUUUUGCGUGAGAUGAUUCUUCUCUUUUUGUUUUUUUUUUCAUCUUAUUUAUAGCAUAAAUAAUUACUUGCGUUUAUCUUAUCGGACGAAUUGAAAUAUGCACGACCAAGGAGGCAAGUUUUUAGAGGUUAUGUAGAUUCGAGCGAACUUUGAACGUACCAGUGUAUAGGUGUAUAUGUUUUUGUCGACUUGUGUACAGUAUCUUUGAAACUUUUCACGAUAUUGACAAGUUUUGAUGGUGGAUUUAAGGAAAAUAGUGAUUUUGAUUAGAUCUUUGUAUAGGAGAUCCAGAAAAAGGCGUUAACGAGUGUGAUCGAAUUCGUGAUAUUAGUGGCGAUAACUGGAAUUCUGGCCUCUUUCGCUGCCGUGUUGCGUUUGAUGGAGUUGACCAUCAACCUGAUUCAUCCUGUCACCAUUUUUAUGCUCCGCCAAUCUGGUAAAUUAAUCGUUUAUGGUACAACCCAAGCUAAAAAGUUGACGUCCAAAUCGUACCGGAAGCUGUGCAGCAUGACAAUAUUCCCUGCUCGGGUGGCGGCGGUGGAUAUAGGGAUGCGGCAACCGUUCGUCCCGUAUCAGAGAAACGUGUUGGACGUUGUGGAGGAAACUUUCCCGCGGAAAGAGGAUGUCAUGUUCAGGGAGAGGCUGAUAGAAGAGACUGAACUCGAUGACGAGGACACCGGUGAACCUGAGAAGAACGUGAGCGAGAAAGGGGUUGAAACGAUCUUGGAGGAGAUGGAGGAGGGGGGCGAUGAAACUAAGGAGAUUAUUGACGAGGAAGAGAAAGAGGAAGAGAAGGAGGAAGAGAAGGAGGAAGUGGAAGAGGAAGAGAAAGAGGAAGUGGAAGAGGAAAUGAAAGAGGAUGAGGAAGAGAAGUGAAACGAUAUCGAAACAUCUGACGAUUGAAUAGAAAAAUUACUAUCAAAAAGCGGAAAAGAUCGGUGAAAAUGAGAAAUUCUUUCAAAUUGUGUAGAUUCACUGCUUGAAAAUUGUCGGUAUAUUUUUGAAAUAUAAUAUCCAAACUGA